UGUAUGUUGACCAGCGGUACACGUCCACUGAUGCAGAGGGACUAGGCUCUACAAAAAUAACGAAGGACGACCAAGUUCGAUACAUUAUGCAUCCAUAAUCCAUCGGUUUCAGCAAAAAGUGAUAAUAUUCCGCAUCGCAGUGUUUGAGUAUCAUAUCGCAAAUUGCGUAUUAUUUGCAAAGAUGAUUGCAAGAGGAUGCUUCAUUUUUACAAUUUUGGCUACUUGCGUUGUGUCAUGGCCAGUGCCUGAAAGUCGCUUGGAGAAUGAAGACGUCAAGGUGAUGAAGUGCAUUGUGGAGGCGUUGGCUGAUGUGCUAUCGAGGCCACAGAAUUUACCGGUUCGCCAAGAGUGUGUGGACACACUGAGGAGAGAUGAAAGGCUUGUUUCCAUCCUACGCCAUCACAACUUCCUCAAAGAGCUCCAGAACAUUGCCCUCCAAGGUCCCAAUGGAAACACUGAGCAGCAGAGUGACAUCACAGCUGAUCAUGUGACCAGGACACCGCAGCCCACAGAGGAUGUUGCAGAUCGAUCGAUGCUGGAAGCGCUGGGUGGACCAGGGGAGAGGUCUAUCCUUGCAGACAAAAGGACAACAGCAGGAGGUAGAGAGGAGGAAAGCACCGAGAAGAAUGAAGAGUCACAGGAGGGCAACGAGAUAAGGAGAGAUGAAGAGGAGAGCGACGAGGACGAGAAGCCCGACAAUCGCAUCUCUGACUCCAUGAACGAGGAGGAGAACAGGGAGAACGGGGAACUGGUUGAGAAGAAACGAGAGGAUGAGGGGAAAGAGGAAGAUGACGAGGAGGAGGGACUGGAGUUGAAGCGCCAGACCUCCGAGGAGGAUUCAGAGGAAGAUCGAAGCCAGGAAGACGAUGUGAAACAGGACCACAAAGGUGCCGCAUCAACUGAAAAGCAAGAUGCAGCAGAGAAGAAGUCGGUGACCUCUGCAGAGGAGGAGGAGAAAAGAUCCAGAAUGUUCCUCAGUGACGGCACCGAGUCAGAAAAGAAGGGUGACAGGGAAGCGGAGGAGGAAGAGGAGGAGGAGAGCGCCGACGACUCGAAGCACUGGAGCAGAAAGAGUGAGCUGGCGCCAAUGAAGAAAAGGCCUGAAGAAGAAGAGGGGCCUGAAGUGAGGUCGCUGGAGGUCAGAGAUCCACAGGAAGUGCCCCACCACUCAAAGGAGGUGGUGGGAGAGGAGGGGGAAGAGAAAGAGCAAAGGAGCCCUGAGGUGAAGGAGCUUCAGAUGAUGGCACGAAGAAUACCAACGGAGAAAGGAGCUGAAGAGGAAGAAGGCAGUGCGAUCAGGAAGACAGAGGACCCUGAGAUUGCAAGUCUGGCUGCCUUAGAAUCUGAGCUGGAGAACGUCGCCCAGAAACUCCAUGAGCUGAGACAAGGCUGAGGCGAGAACGAGACCCAAGCCUUCCUCUCUUCCUCUUCUCUUCCACCUCUCUUCCUCCUCUCUUCCUCCUCUCUUCCACCUCUCUUCCUCCUCUCUUCCACCUCUCUUCUUCCUCUCUUCCUCCUCUCUUCCACCUCUCUUCAUCCUCUCUUCCUCCUCUUUUCCUCCUCUCUUCCACCUCUCUUCCUCCUCUCUUCCACCUCUCUUCCUCCUCUCUUCCACCUCUCUUCCUCCUCUCUUCCACCUCUCUUCCUCCUCUCUUCCACCUCUCUUCCUCCUCUCUUCCUCCUCUCAACCAGUUCUGUUGCGACAGCGCCCGGUGUGAAUUUGACAUGAGAUUUGACAUCUCCCUCUCCCUCUUCCUUUUCGUCUGGAGAGAUAGCCUUCUCCUGCUCCAGAUAUCUUGUGAAAUACUCGCCUCCCUCACACAUGAGCGCCGCAGACACAUUCAUGUGCACCCACCCACCCACCCACCGACCCACUCACACACUGUAAGGCUCUAAUGGACCUCCAUUGCUUGGCUGCAGAAGGACCUCAUUCACUUCUUUUCCCUCCCUUGCUGUCUUUCCGCUGUAGCUCGAUUACUGCGUCGGACCUGCUUUCCAACUGAUUUUUGUUAGCGCUGCGAUGACUCAUUAGAUAAAGGAUAGCAGUUGCAAUUAUUGUCACUUGUCGCUAAAACGAUAGGGCUUAUGUAUGUGGAAAUGAUUUCUAGGAUGUUGAUUUAUUUGAUUUAUCAUGGCUUGAUAAAGCAAAAGCCAAUGCAAUAACAAACAUUUUAUUAGGUAAAUUAUGAACUUGACAAUAAGCUAAAUCUGUAUGGACUUUAUCUAAGAAAACUAAUAAAUUGGAUAGUCAUCUGGA